AUGGAUCAAGAUCCCAAUUCGGAUGCUGUGACGAUUCACGAGCACCCUCCGUCAACCUGGUCCUCAUCGUCUGGGAUACUCCCCCGCCUCCAAUCCCAGCUCCCCUACUCCAUCCCCCUCCUGCGUCGGAUCCAGCACCACCUCGCCUAUCCUACCUCCACCGCCACCGUCUUGGCUACGUUUCCUGCAGAAGAGGAAGAAGAACCCUGGCUAACAGCCUACAUCGACCUGCACGCCGGCCGCGAGACCCAAGUGGUGAUCUACAGCAGCGCGGAAGCGGAUUCCUCAGUCGACGUCGACGUCUCUCUACCCAGCAGCACCACCCACGCCCCCGGGCCAAAGAGCACCGGCACCGAGACCGGUUCCCAGCGCUCCCUCUCCCUCUUGUCCUCACAACACACCCAGACAAUCCGGCGCCAACUCCUCGCCCUAUUCCAACAUAUCAAAACCCACCUGCUCCCGGCGUACACCGCCCAUCUCGCGGCCGCGGACCCCGUGACAACGACCGCAACAAAAACAGAUCACCAGCUGCCCCCACCCCCGCCGCAGGCCUUUCUAAUCGGGAAUCUGCACACGGGGCUGCUGGCGGUGCUUCUUGCGGGGCCGACCCCGACCCCGACGGAAACCGAUGAGCAUGCGCUGGCAGCAGUGUAUACUUCCGGCGUGGGAUCGGCGUCGUUCGUCCCGGGGCAGAAGGUGCAUCGCUACGACCACGCGCCGUACGUCAAGUAUCUGUUUGGGAGGGAGGAGGUGGUUUGUCCCCGGGAUGGUGGUGGUGGUAGUGCUGCCACGGGUCAGGAUGGCUUCCGCUUCCACACCCGCGACGGCCGGCAGGGCGUGCAACCCCAGCAUUUCGCCCUCGUGCGGAGCCGCACGGUGAUUCCGCGGUCGGAUGCGACCUUGGCCAUGUUGCCCGGGGCGGCGGUUUAUGCGCCGACGGCCGGAGCGGGUGAUGGAGGGACAGAGAAUCCCGUGGCGUGGGCGUUUCUCGGGCCCGACGGGUCGCUGGCGACGUUGCAUGUUGAGGCGGAGUAUCGCGGGCAGGGGCUGGCGGGGAGGGUGGCGCGCGAGGCGAUGAGGCGGGGGAUGGUGGAGGAUGGGCGGUGGUGGAAUGGGAACGGGGAGGAGGAUAAAACUGGGGAUGGGAUGCUGGUGCAUACGAAUGUGGCGAUGGGGAACGGGGCGAGCCGGCGGGUGAUGGAGAAGUUGGGGGGGAGGGUUGGCUGGACGGUUACGUGGACGGUCGUGGAGGUGCUACAGUAGGUGGUAGUUAUACUCUGUAGAGUCGG